UGACUCCGCACAUUUUCUUCGCUGUCACAAGUAACACAGAAGUAAAUUCGAUUUUGAAAACCAAUUGGAAUUUCAUUCAAUCUAAUAGGACUGCGAAGAGAAUUCAGUGAAUCUAAUAAUUGAAUCAUGUCAAAGAUGAAUUCGAUCAUGAGCUGGAAAGAGGAAAUGGAUAAAAUGCUGGCUGGAUGUGAGCGACAAAUUGAGCAAUCCUUGACCAAUAUGAAGAUGUCAGCCCGCACCUGUGGUUUGCAAUUCAAUCGCGAAUUUGAAGAUUACUUUUUGGCUGCUUCAAAUAGCCGCAUAAAAGCAAUUUACGAACGAUUCAAAGUCACAUUGUUGGAAGAACGAGUCAAUGGCAGCUCUAGCGCCAAUUUGACAAGUGUGGUGAAUCAGUGUCUCGAUCCAAAGGACAUCAAAAUAGAAGAAACGAAUACUGAAUCGGACCCAAUCGAAAUCGUUGACUCUACUGAUGACGAAGACACGGUUGGACUGAGCAAUGGUUCGCCAAGAGAAGACCAGGCUAAACGAUCAACCAGAAAUGAAAGUGCUGAUCUUACUGUGGCAAGUAGCUCAGCUUUAGGACGGAAUGAAGUCGGUUUCAGUGGAUUGUUGGAGAAUGAGCUGAUUCAAGGCGACAACCACACAGCCAACCAAAAAACAUCUGCAAAUACCAGUGUAUUCCAAGGUCAAUCGCUUGUCAUUGAGCUUCAAAGAUUGUCACCAGAUUUGAUUGCAUCCUACAUUGGAGGUACAGAUUACGUUGAGGGGGAACAUGAUACAGAGCUAAUGGAGGAAGCAACAGAUGACGAUCUUCCAUUAAUUGCUUUUGGAAACCAUCAACGGAUGCGUGUACCAAUCGAGCAGCAAGUAAAUGGCAACACCACAAAUGUGCACGGCACAGAAGCCAACCAAAAUUCGACAUCGGGUUCAACAAUGUCAGCGAAUGCAAUCCAUAUGGAUGGUGAAACGUCUGCAGCGAAACAGUUGAAGCCGAAAAAACGAUUUGGAUGUUCUGUUUGCCCAUAUUCUAGUAUGUACAGUCAGAAUUUGAUCCGGCACAAGCGAAUUCACACCGGCGAAAGGCCAUAUUCAUGCGAUCGGUGCGGAAAAGAAUUCAUAGAUGCGACACACUUAAGGAGGCAUUCUAUAACUCACACCGAUGUGUUCCCGUUCCAUUGCUAUGGUUGUUUCCAAGGAUUUUCGCUGAUGACUGAGAAAAUAGCUCAUCAAAAAGAAUGUCAAAACCGUCGGUAUGAAUGUCAUAUCUGUAGAAAGUUUGAAACUUAUGGUAAAUCAUUGAUGAAAAGUCAUAUGCGAUCACAUACUGGAGAAAAGCCGUCCCGCUGUGAGAUUUGCAUGAAACGUUUUGCAUGGGCUGCCAAUUUACGAACGCACUCGAACAACAUUCACAACGCCAACAAAAAAUCCACCAAAUGA